AUGGCUCCUGCGCGUCAACAACCAGCGCCUCCGCCUUUCAGCAAGGAUGAAAAAGUGCUAUGUUUCCAUAUGGAUAUGCUCUAUGAGGCCAAGAUCAUGGACGUCCAGCAAGGUGAGAAACCCAGUGAUGGGUACAAGUAUAAAGUCCACUACAAGGGGUGGAAGAACACUUGGGACGAUUGGGUCUUGGUUGACCGCAUCCGGCCUUUUGACGACGAACACAAGGAGCUGGCAGCACAGCUUCAUGCGCAACUGAAGCAUAACAUCCAAAGGAGCACAAAGCCGCCCAAGAAAGGUCUCCGGAGUGGUGCUGAGUCGGCCAGAGUUAGCGAGGAACGAUCAGGCUCGGCCACUGUUCAGGGAGGCAGGGGAGGUAGGCGAGGAAAAGAUUGGGAGCUUGAACAGCACCGCGACGUAAUGCUUCCCCCUGGCACAUCCUCUGCCUCGCAAAGCUUUCCCAUCUCAAACGUCAGGGGCGGUACCGAGGAAGCCCAGCAUAGCGAGUCUGUCGAUCCCGGCAAGUCGUCUCGGAAGCUCAGACUCGGAAGCAUUAAAGAGCCCAAGGACCUCCUCACGGCACACCCUUCCGAGAACCACCGCUAUGUGACCGAUUCUGGAAAGCUCAUUCAGGAUGACCGAUACACUGCACCCCUGCCCGUUAAAGCCGAGCCUAAGCAGCCUCGUCGCAAACCCUCAAAGCCUUCCAAGCAUGCCACUAAGCCCAAGCGGCACUCAUUUGACCAGCCUGACCAACUUGAGAUGGAGGAUUCUUUCCAUAACAAGCCCAUGAUCAACCUACCGGUUCCCGAUCACAUCCAAGCUAUGCUGGUCGAUGAUUGGGAGAACAUUACUAAGAACAACCAGCUGGUCCCUCUGCCUCACUCCAAGCCAGUCGCCAAGAUUUUUGAAGACUACCUUGCCCAUGAGCGCCCUCACCGAGAGGAGGGAUCAUCCAGCAUGGAUAUCUUGGAAGAGGUCGUAGCAGGUCUUCGCGAGUACUUCGAGAAGGCUCUUAGCAGGAUCCUACUCUACCGCUUUGAACGUCACCAGUAUAUGGAAAUGAAGAAAUUGUGGGAAAACACCGAGUCUGACCCCGAGUACACCAACGUCUGUGACGUCUACGGCGCUGAGCACCUUGCUCGACUGAUAGUAUCUCUCCCUGAGUUGCUGGCGCAAACCAAUAUGGACCAGCAGUCCGUAUCACGCCUCCGUGAAGAGAUUGGCAAGUUCAAUGUCUGGCUGGGACGUAACUGCGAAACCUAUUUCGCGAACGAGUAUGAAACUCCAGCCCAGGACUACAUCGACAAGGCUCGCAGCUUCUAA